UAUCGCUGGAAAACAACUGGAAAUUAUGAGGACGCAGGUGGUUGAUCCGCUCACCUAAAUCGCUUAAAUGCCCAUCUAAAUUUGCCAACUACGUCUUCAAAUACCCAAUUUCUGAUUCUCUUCGUCAGAUCUCCCAUGGCGUUCUUCUCACUUCUAAGGCGUCUGUAUCUCGCCAUCUACAACUGGGUCGUCUUCUUCGGAUGGGCUCAGGUAUUGUUUUUUGCUCUCUCAACUCUGAAAGAAUCAGGCCACCAGCAUGUCUACCGCGCAGUUGAAAGGCCUCUUCAGCUCGCCCAAACGGCCGCCGUUCUGGAGAUUUUUCAUGGCCUAGUAGGAUUGGUGAGAUCUCCAAUCACAGCGACACUGCCACAGAUUGGUUCAAGGUUGUUUGUAACUUGGGGCAUUUUAUGGAGUUUUCCUGAGGUUCAAACUCAUGUACUUGUUAGCUCUUUGGUGAUCAGCUGGUCUAUCACUGAGAUCAUUCGGUAUUCUUUCUUUGGCGUGAAGGAGUUGCUUGGUUUUGCACCAGCCUGGCUCUUGUGGCUCAGGUAUAGCACCUUUCUGUUGUUGUAUCCAACCGGCAUUACCAGUGAAGUUGGUCUAAUAUAUAUUGCCUUGCCAUACAUUAAGGAAUCAGCAAAAUAUUGUUUAAGGAUGCCCAACAAAUGGAACUUCUCUUUUGAUUACUUCUAUGCUGCUCUUCUGGUCAUUGCAUUCUAUGUACCAGGCAGUCCUCAUAUGUACCAGUACAUGCUUGGGCAGAGGAAGCGAGCUCUCUCCAAAUCGAAGAGGGAGUAGAGUAAAUUUUCAAUGUUGAACUCUGGUUUAUUGAAGCUUUGUAAGUGUAGCAGCAUAACAUUUUUCCAGUUCAUGAUUUGGGCUUGACAAAUUUGUUUUUAGCAUGGGCAAAAUCUUUAAAUCUCCUAAAGGCUUAAAAAGAAUGAGGUUGAUGUUUUAGAAACUGUAUCCAUGGACAUCAGCUCAUGUCAAAUAUCUUUUCAUAUUUUUUCUGCA